UGAGUCCACACUCUGGGGCCAGAUAAUCCAAAUCAGGUUGUGAUAUAGGAUGAGCACACUGCUCAUAUUCCACAAAAGGCCAAUGAGGCUGCAAGAAGUUGAGAAGACAACAAUGAAAAUCACACAUCUGAACAAUGGUCACAAUGGCUGGCUCAGGCAGGCUGGCCUACUAAGCAACAAUGAAAGAGAAAAAGUCAAAAGACUAAUACAAAAUAUAAUAAUAAUCUAACAAAUUAACCCCAUUUUAGCUAAACAAUCAUGGGCAGAAAUGCUUACAUAAACUUUUACAUGUGGUACUAUAAUGAACAUCGAGGACAAGCCCCAGUGACAAUCAUUGCAAAGAGAGCUGGAAUAACUUGGCGCAAAAUGACACCUCAAGAAAAGAGCCGCUUUAUGGAUAGAAAUGGUUUCCCUAAAGGAAAAAUCCCUUUAUACAUUGUGAGGCCCAAGUUUCAAAGUGUCCAGGGUAACUUCAAAAACAAAGUUGUCCGAAAAUCAAAACAAAAUCAUCAACAGAGAAAGCAAUCUAAAUCCAUCUCAGAAAGGAAAGUAAGUGGCAAAAAGAAAAAGAAGGAGAGCAAUGAAUCAGAUUUGAAGGAAGAGGGUAGCAAAAUCCAGACAAAGCAUGGAAAGGAGAGGGACUUUAAGGAUGAAUCGGUACAGAAAAAUGAAGAAGAAAACGAUGAAACUACAGGCAAAGAAGAAUCUGAAGAAACCAUAACUAGGCGUAGAAGUAUUCAGAGGUGGAUGGACAAGAACCAUUACAGCUGAACUCAAGGGUAGUUAACAGUACAAAUUAAAGUAUGAACUUACCCGUCCAUCAGACUGUUCCUGAUUAAGAACACAAAAAUCAAAACCAAAAAUUUUCCAUGCUCCUUGAUGGUUUACAACAAUGGACUCCAAGCACAAAUUACGGUGAAGUAGCUUUACAUCAUUAUGAAGAAAAGCCAUCCCCUCUCCAACCUGGAAAAUAAUAUUUCAGAAAUCGGAACAGCGGUAAAUUGAUAAAAUUUUGACAUCAAAACAAAAUGAGAUUCAAGGUCAACCUGUAGAAGGCCAUAUUUGAUUUCCAGAUCAAACAGCUUGAAGUUGUUGAGGUAUUUAGGAGGAGGAGAAGGCAUAUUUUCUGUCCUUCCCAUAAGAUUUGCCAAGCUAGCAAAUACUGGUUCAGUGGCAAAAGCAAGACUCUCCCUGAAAUCAAACAAUUGAAUUAAAAAUUUCAUUGCUUUUCAUAAACCUAGAACACAAUCAAUACACUAGGCUUUUGAAACAUCUACUUCUCACACUAUAUAAGUUUCAUUAGUGCUUUACCUCGAU